AUAUCCUGUCAGUUUGCUUCCUUCCACACACGCACCUAACGAACAAGCUAGCCAACAAAUCGUUUACUUGUCAGGGUCGUGCUCACCUGAGUCCUCUCCCCCUCCUCCACUCUUGCUCGGAUCGAAAUGGCGUCCCCGUCAACGUCCACAAAGACGACGACGUUCGCGCUGCCGAGGCUCCGGGAUCUCAUCGAGCACGACGACGAGGAGGAUGAGCUCGUCGAGGAGGAGGAGGACGACAACGAUGAGGACGACUGGGACGUGCGCAAGCGCAUGUCCCGCCUCUCCGUCGCCGGAUCCGACGGUGACGACGCCGACGACGAGGACGACGGGCGCAGAGGCGUCGAUGACGAAGAUGAAGAGGACGACGACGAGGUGAGGUCAGAUGGUGCCCACGGCGAGUACGGGAGCCGGCCGUGGCACCCGUACGGGAGCCCGGGACACCUGCAGCCCCCCUCCUCGGCGUCCCUACCGGGCACCCCGGAGCGCGGGGCGCCGUCUCAGUCUCAAUCGCCGUGGGGAUACGGCUACUCCAAGGACUACGCGAGCGAGACGGAGGCGGCGGCGCGGUGGCCGGGCGGGGCCGGGCCGCACGAGAUGCGCAGGCAGCAGCACCGUCGGCAGCGGAUGAUGCGGGAGGUGUGGCUGGACCGCGCGUGGCAGAUACGGAAGCAGCGGCGGGAGCUGGGAGAGCGCGGCGACCAGGCGACGGUGCUGGUCGGCGGGAAGGGCGGCGGCGAGUCCCCCGCGCGGGCCGGCGGCGUUGCCAUGGAUAUGGACGAGCUGCGCGCCUGCAAGGACCUCGGCUUCGACUUGCCGUGCGACUGGACGGUGGAGAUCCCCAGCUACGCCGUCCCCGCCGUCGACACCGGCAGCAGCGGCGGCAACUCGCCGGCCUCGGGCGGCAGCUGGCGCAUCUCCAGCCCCGGAGAUGAUCCCAAGGAAGUCAAGGCGAGGCUCAAAGUGUGGGCCCAGGCAGUGGCGCUGACAUCUGCUUCUCGGCUCGGCGCUUGAUCCGGAGAGCAUCGUCAUCAGUUCCAGAGCAACAUCAACACCACGCCUCUGUGCAAACCACCACAAUUUUCCUUCAUUUCCUCCAAAUAACCUGUUCCUG